AUGAGCGCUGUCCCCAACCAAGGUGCUGAAGAGCAGUCUGAGGCAUUCUGCUAUCAGGUGAAUGGGUCUUGCCCCAGGACCAUCCAUCCUCUAGGCAUCCAGCUGGCCAUCUACCUGGUCUGUGCAGCAGGCAUACUGAUUACUGUCCUAGGAAAUCUGUUUGUGGUGUUUGCUGUGUCCUACUUCAAAGCACUUCACACUCCCACCAACUUGUUGCUGCUCUCCCUGGCCCUGGCCGACAUGUUUCUGGGCCUGCUGGUGCUGCCCCUCAGCACCAUUCGCUCAGUGGAGAGCUGCUGGUUCUUCGGGGACUUCCUCUGUCGCCUGCACACCUACCUGGACACCCUCUUCUGCCUCACUUCCAUCUUCCACCUCUGCUUCAUUUCCAUUGACCGCCACUGUGCCAUCUGUGACCCCCUGCUCUAUCCUUCCAAGUUCACACUCAGGGUGGCUGUCAGGUACAUUCUGGCAGGGUGGGGGAUGCCAGCAGCUUACACUGCCGUCUUCCUCUAUACAGAUGUGGUAGAGAGGGGGCUCAGCCAGUGGCUGGAAGAGAUGCCAUGUGUAGGCAGUUGCCAGCUGCUGUUCAAUAAGUUCUGGGGCUGGUUAAACUUCCCUGUGUUCUUUUUCCCCUGUCUUAUUAUGAUCAGUUUGUAUGUGAAGAUAUUUGUGAUUGCUACCAGGCAGGCUCAGCAGAUCAGUACCUUGAGCAAGAGCCCGGUUGGGGCUGCCAGACAUGAGAGAAAAGCUGCCAAGACCCUUGGCAUUGCUGUGGGCAUAUACCUCCUGUGCUGGCUACCCUUCACCAUAGACACACUGCUUGACAGUCUACUUAACUUCAUUACACCACCGCUGGUCUUUGACAUUUUUGUCUGGCUUGCUUACUUCAACUCAGCUUGCAACCCCAUCAUCUAUGUCUUUUCCUACCGGUGGUUUAGGAAAGCACUGAAACUCAUCCUGAGUCGAGAGAUCUUCUCGCCGCAAACACCCGCUAUUGAUUUGUACCAAGAAUGA